GUCCUGCCAAUCGUGGUUUUCUUCAGCACUGUGAUGUCCAUGGUCUACCACCUGGGACUGAUGCAGUGGAUCAUUAGAAAGGUGGGAUGGAUAAUGCUAGUUACUAUGGGAUCAUCUCCUAUUGAAUCUGUAGUUGCUGCUGGCAAUAUAUUUAUUGGACAAACGGAGUCUCCACUGCUGGUCCGACCAUAUUUACCAUACGUCACCAAGUCCGAACUCCAUGCCAUCAUGACAGCUGGCUUCUCUACGAUUGCUGGAAGUGUCUUAGGCGCGUACAUUUCUUUUGGGGUUUCGUCCUCCCACUUGUUAACAGCUUCGGUUAUGUCAGCACCCGCGUCAUUGGCUAUUGCUAAACUCUUCUGGCCUGAGACAGAAAAACCUCAAAUAACCCUCAAGAAUGCCAUGAAAAUGGAAAAUGGUGAUUCAAGGAAUCUGCUAGAAGCUGCAGCCCAGGGAGCCUCCUCGUCCAUCUCCCUGACAGCAAACAUCGUUGUGAAUCUGAUCGCCUUCCUGGCCCUGCUGUCUUUUGUGAAUUCGGCGCUGUCGUGGUUUGGAAGCAUGCUUGACUGCCCACAGCUGAGCUUUGAGCUAAUGUGCUCCUACAUCUUCAUGCCCUUUUCCUUCAUGAUGGGAGUGGACUGGCAAGACAGUUUUAUGGUUGCCAAACUCAUAGGCUAUAAGACAUUCUUUAAUGAAUUUGUGGCUUACGAGCAACUCUCAAAAAUGAUCCAUUUGAGGAAAAAGGCUGGACCCAAAUUUGUGAAUGGUGUGCAGCAAUAUAUAUCGUCAAUGUGUGUGCAUGCACGCAAAGAAACACAGCUAAUGCUUAUCACUGUGAUCGUUUACUUUCGAGGACUGCAGAUGCAGACCCAGAGUCACAUGAGCUGGGACUGGAACCAAUCAGUCAACAAAUAUUUACCCACUGUUGCCAAGGGUCCCGGUGAGGUCAUCCCAGGAGGAAACCACAGCCUGUAUUCCUUGAAGGACUGCUGCAUACUGUUGACCCCAUCAACACUCAACUGCAGCUGGAUCUCCUAAUACAUUUUGAGCUCAACCACUUCCCCAGUGGAACUCUGAGAACAGAUGCUGAAUUUUCUGCUUUGGAAAGAAAAAAAAAAAUUACUGUCCACAGAUUGAUACUUCCACCAUGGAAUCAGCUUUAGUUUCAAGGAAAGAAGAGAAACAGGAGUGAACCCUUGCAAAUGACAUCUUCCUUCUCUCCUUCACUCCCCAGUGCACUCCUCCCUACAGAGAAUUACUAUGAUGUCCCAAAGUGAGACGUCAUCC